AAACCCAACUUCGGUUUUCCGCGGUGCUCGUGCUCCCUCUCUUCCCGUCGGCCAUGGCUCCCGUUCUUACGUCGAAGAAGCGGACGAAGCCCCAAGCGAGCGAGAGCACGAAGAAGAAGAAAUCCAAGAAAGAGAAUUCGAGUAGCGGUGGUUCCCUAUCGCUUGACAACGUCAAAGCUCUCGGCCACCAGCUCCUCUCCUCCCGCGCUCACAUCAACAACCUCCCCGUCCUCAUCUCCCUCCUCUCCCCUGCAGCUCCCCUCGACCUCGCCAUCGAGUCCCUCGUAUCGCUGCAGUCCUUCUUCCUCCCACUUCUCCGAGAGAUUCCAUCCUCCUCGUCCGUCUUGCGCAAGCGCUCCGAGACACGCACAUUUGAUGGAGAGGAGAAAGACCCCGAGUCGGUUUAUAAGGUCUGGAUAAGGCAGAGGUUGGAUGAUUUCGUGGACAAGCUUAUUGAGAUUGCCGUGUCAGAACAAUCUGCAGACGCCGUCAGGGAUGUUGCUUUGGAGGCAAUAAUGGAUUUUGUCAAGUUGGGAAAGGACGGAAGGUUCCAGCUUGGUGUUUAUAACAGGUUUCUGCAUGGAAUUGUAAGUUCUACAUCAGCCGUUGACCCUUUAAUAGACUUGCUUGGAUCGAAGUAUUUCAAGUACAUAGAUAUUCGAUAUUUUACCUAUACAUGCAUGGAGAAGAUUAUUAAGAACUUGGAAUCAAGAAUUAUGAGCGAAUUUGGAAAUGUCAGUUUACACGAUGAUGAAGAGAUAUCUAAAGCUGGUAAGGUAGACUUUGCUGUUCAUAUUAUAUACAACUUGUUGUCUCAAUUCCCUCCAUUAGAACUUGAGAAAGAACAAAGUUAUGCGACUUGGAGUGAAUUGGGUCUUUCAUUCGAGGAGCCAGAAAAUAUUUCUAGUAAUGAUCUGAUUUCGGAUACAGAGCCGCAUGGUUUGAAGAAAGCUAACAAAAAUGUCCCAUCCAUAAGUCACAUUUCUAAAAAAAUUAGGUUAAGAUUCACCAAGGCUUGGAUUUCCUUUCUUAGAUUACCACUUCCUGUUGAUGUGUACAAGCAGGUUCUCGCAUCACUUCACCAGAGCAUUAUCCCAUAUAUGACAAACCCUUCUAUCCUGUGUGACUUCUUGACUAGAUCGUAUGACAUUGGAGGUGUGAUUAGUGUGAUGGCACUUAAUGGUCUUUUCAUUCUUAUGACACAAUGUGGUGUGGAAUAUCCCAAGUUCUACGGAAAACUUUAUGCAUUGUUAACACCAGCUGUUUUUAUGACAAAAUUUCGUGCAUCAUUUUUCCAUCUCCUGGAUACCUGUCUCAAAUCGUCUUAUUUUCCAGCAUACCUCGCUGCUGCUUUUGCAAAAAAGUUUAGCAGAUUGGCUCUGUCUGUACCACCAUCUGGGGAAUUGAUUAUUAUUGCUUUAAUUCACAAUCUAUUGCGCAGGCAUCCAUCAAUUAAUUUUUUAGUUCAUCAGCCUCUAGGUCAGGAAAACAAUGAUGUACCUAUGGAAAAUACUGGCUCUAUUGAGGAAUCAAGGGAUCCAGCCGUGAGCAAGAAAAUUGGUACAGAUCCAUUUGAUGAUAACGAAAGUGAUCCUGCAAAGUCAAAUGCCAUGAGAAGUUCAUUAUGGGAAAUUGAAACCCUCCGACAUCACUACUCUCCAGCAGUCUCCAGAUUUGUGGCUUCACUUGAAAAUGAUCUUACGGUUAGAGCCAAAACAUCUGAAGUCACUGUUGCAGAUUUUGCUUCUGGAUCUUAUGCCACAGUUUUUAGAGAUGAGAUCCGCCGACGAAUUAAACAGGUUCCACUUGCUUUUUACCAAGUAAUCCCCCCCUCGCUGUUUAGUGACUCCGACUUCCCUGGCUGGACUUUUGGCAUUCAAAAUAACGAGAAGCAAGAAACAAAAGCUGCACCAAAUGAGGUGGCAGCGUGAAUGGUACCGGUUCAGUUUGACAAACAAAGGAGGUGAGGCCUGAAGAUUGGACUUCAGUUAUGGCGAGUAGCUGAAGGAUGACGCACAGUUCAAUUCCUUCCUCGACUGUCACUGAGGCAAUUUUGACUGUAAACGAAUCUUUUUCUGUAUUAUCUUGACUUCCAUUCGAGUUGGAAGGUAAAAUGUUGUUGGACUUCAAAUGAUUUGUGCCCUAGUCAAAAUGAUUAAUGAUGUUACGCUUGUGCAACUCUUCAGAUAAUGAGUUCUCAUGUCUUUGCUACUCGCGGAGUAAAUUUUGUUUGAUUUUAGCCAAACUCUGUAAA